UGGGGACUGAGUAACAGGGUGUGACAAUUAAAAGCUGUUGUCCAGGAUUCCUGCACACCAAGAGACAGCUGUGACCAUGAGUAACUCCAAGAAAGUCAGGGAAUUGAAGACCAGUGGCAUCAGAUCUUCCUCUAAGGGCUCUGGGCUCCAGCCAAGUUUUGAACUUUAUAGAUUUUCAGUUGUCAGUGUCUCCAGUUCCCAGAGUGAAGAGCAUAUCUAUACUGAAGUGACAGAGGUAAAACCUAAAAUUGGGUGUGUGAGACAUGGCCUUGUUCCCUUGGUGCUGCAGCUGCUUUUCUUCACUCUCUUCUCUGGGGUCCUUGUGACAUUUCUUCUCCAAGUUCCAAAGGUGCCCUGCACCAAGGAUCAGGAGGAAAUCUACAAGAAACUCACACAACUGAAGACUCGAAUAGACCUCCUAUGUCGUCCCUGCUCCUGGGACUGGAUGCUUUUCCAUGGAAAUUGUUACUUCUUCUCCAUAACUAAACAUAACUGGAAUGAUUCUCUCACUGCUUGCAAGGAAGUAGGGGCACAACUCAUCAUCAUUGAAAGUGAUGAGGAGCAGACCUUUCUACAGAAGAUGUGUAAGAGUAUAGGAAAUCUCUGGAUUGGGCUCUCAGACAUAAAAGAGGAAGGCUCAUGGCAGUGGGUGGAUGGUUCACCUCUGUCACUAAGCUUUAAAAACAAAUAUUGGACCCCGUGGGAAACCAAAAAUGCUUCAGAGAAAGACUGUGUAGAGCUGACAAAUGAUGGCUGGAAUGACAACAAUUGUACAUUGAAGAAUUUCUGGAUCUGCAAGAAAUCGUCAAUAUCGUGCUUCAAAAAUUGAUGUUCAGGUCCUCCCCUCAUCCCUUGCAGCUCCACCCUCCCUGAAAACUGACCAGACUUUACCUACACUUGUGGUGACCAUGUCUCCAUAUUUGCAUCAAGGAACCCUUAAUAGCUCAGCUGUUGUCUUCUCUUAUGUCUCUUAUCUUCUCAGGUGCUGGUUCAUUCCUAUCUUUCCUCAGAUAUCUCCAGACCCCACUUGGCUUAUUGGUUGUUGACAUGGUCUUUCUUUGCAAUUUAAUACAAUGGCUAGGUGUGAUACAUCCUCAGGGACUAUGCAUUUAUAAUACAAAUGUUGAUUUCCUUGCUGAGAUUGGAGAGUCGGUAUUGCCAUGCUUUGCUCUAUAACACCAGAGUCUCUACACUAUCCCAUCCCUGCAUCUUCACCUUCCAUCCAUUCAUCGUCCAUCCGUCUCCUCCUGUACAAAACUUCUGAUAAGUUUCCCCAAUUAUUUCAGUCCUAUCUGCAGCCUGAGUGCAUCCGUGGAUUAAUCCACCAAUCAAACAAUGUUUUGGGUAUCGACUCUCUCUUCCAUUGGUAGUGGUGUGACAUAUGGGUCUCCCACAUCUCUCUUUAAGGAAAGACAUGUUGCCGUCAUGGAGGUACUUAAAUAUGUUUCUUGCCCCACUAUUCAUAAUAGUUAAGUUAGGGAGCCCACCUUGGUAGCCAGCAAUGGAAGAAUAAAGGUUUCUGUUGCUGUGAUAAAUACCAUGACCAAAGGCAUCUCCUGGACAUUGGGGUUCAUUUCACCUUACACCUCAUCUUACAUCAUCAAAGGAAAUCAGAGCAAGAGCUCAAAGCACAAACUGACACAAAAGUUAUGGAGGAAUUCUCUUUAUUGUCUUGCUCGCCAUAGCUUGCUGAGCCAGCUUUCACAUAUUUCCCAAGAUUGCCAGCCUAGAUAUGUCAAUAAUCAUUGUGAUAUUGGACUUCCUACAUCGAACACCAAUAAAGAAAAUGCCCUACACACUUGCCUACAGAACACACUUUUUUCAAUUAACAUUGUUUUUCUAUAAAUUACCUUAACUUGUGUCCAGUUGAGAAGAAAAAACUGGCCAUCACAACAGAAUAGAAUUUUUCUCAGUCAUAAAGAAUACAGUCAACACUCUCUGCAAGAUCAUGGAUGCAACUAGAGAUAACCACAUUGAGUGAACCAAGGCAGUCUCAAGAAGACAAAUGUAUGUUAUCCAAAUUGUGGUUCAUAUACAGUUACAUAAGAUCAUGUAUGCAUAUAUUAGUGAAAAUAGAAAUGACGUUGCCUAGGGGAACAAGGGAAGAAUGAUGGGAGGAGGGAAGGAUGGAGUAGGGGUAAGGGAUACACUCAACAAGGGAUCUACACUUCUAAGAGAUUUGAAAAUAUUAUUAAAUUUAUUUGUGCACAUGUGUAGGUAUGUGCAUCAGAACACAUGUAUGGAUGUCAGAGAACAACUUAUUGGAGUUGGUUUCUCCUAUCAUAUGAAUUUCAGGGUGUGGCUAGGCAGCCACUACAUUCUGGACACCAGGGAUCAAAGUCAGGCCAUCAGGCUUGGCAAUGAGUAUCUUAAUCCACUAAAGCACCUCAUUUUAAAAAAAAACCUAUGUUGCCCCAACUAUUGAGAGUUCAGUUGUAGAUAGCUGUCACCUGCCAGUACUUUCAUUCCUGAAUUGACACAGAAAAUUGUUUUUUUCAAUGCCACACUUCUUCUGGAUUAGCUUGAAGGGGUACAGAAAAAUAAAGAUCUGGAUCUGGCCAAGUCUGAGCACAUAUAUCUAUGUACCCCCUGUAUUAUAUAUGCACAUUUAGGAAGUCCCUUGGGAAGGCUCAUGAGACCACACUCAUCCUUGUGGAUAUACAGGCAGUUACUUGUGGCUGGUGGAGUAGUUUUCUUCUGUGGUGUAACACUGGUAAGGUCACAUGCUUCUGAAAAUAAUAUUAAUCAAACUCACUGAUUCUGAGAGAGGGGGGAGAUUAGAAUAAGUGUUUAUGAAGAAAAAUAUGAA